AUGGAGGGAAAAGAAGAACAUGCAAUAGGGAUCGACCUGGGAACCACGUACUCGUGUGUUGCAGUGUGGCAGCACGGUCGUGUUGAGAUCAUAGCCAACGAACAGGGAAACAGGACGACUCCGUCUUACGUUGCCUUUACCGACUCCGAGAGCUUGGUCGGCGAUGGAGCUAUUAACCAUGUGGCCAGAAACCUCACCAACACCGUCUUUGAUGCAAAGAGGUUGAUUGGCAGGAAAUUCUGUGAUGCCACUGUUCAAAGUGAUUUGAAACUCUGGCCAUUCAAGGUCGUUGAAGGUCCUGAUGAUAAGCCUAUGAUUGUGGUUAACCACGAGGGACAGCUAAAGAAGUUUGCUGCUGAUGAAAUCUCAUCCAUGGUUCUCACAAAGAUGCGGAAGACUGCUGAAGCCUACCUCGGAUCAAAUGUGACGAAUGCAGUUAUCACUGUCCCUACUUACUUCACUAUCUCUAAACAUCAGGCUACAAAAGAUGCAGGUGCCACUGCAGGCCUAAAUGUGAUGCACAUCAUCAAUGAACCAACUGCUGCAGCUAUUGCAUAUGGCAUUGACAAGAAGGCUGGUGGAUAUAGGAAGAAAAAUGUGCUGAUAUUUGAUUUAGGUGGUGGUACUUUAGAUGUGUCACUACUGAGUAUCUGUGAUGGUGUUUUUGAAGUUAAAGCCACGGCGGGAGAGACUCAUCUUGGAGGUGGAGACUUUGAUAAAAGAAUGGUGAAUUACUGUGUAGAGCAAUUCAAGAGGAAGCAUAAGGUGGACCUUAUUGGAAACGCUAGAGCUCCUAGGCGGUUAAGAAAUGAAUGCGAGAAGGCAAAGAGGAGGCUUUCAUCUACGACUACAACAGAGAUUGAAAUUGACUGUUUGGGAUAAAGAGAAUGAUUUCUAUGCAACUAUUACCCGUGCUAAUUUGAACAAUUGAAUGUUGAUUUCUUCAACAAAUGUACGAAGCCUGUCGAGAAGUGUUUGAGGGAUGCUAAGAUGGAUGUAAACAGUGUCCACAAUGCUGUUCUUGCUGGUGGAUCUUCUAGGGGGUAGGAGUUGCUGUUCUUGCUGGUGGAUGUAAACAGUGUCCAAAGUGCAGCAGUUACUACAGGAUUUGUUCAGGGGGAAGGAGCUUUGCAAGGGAUUAAUCCUGAUGAGGCUAUAGCAUAUGGUGCUGCAGUUCAAGCUGCAGUCUUGAGUGGGAAUGGAAAUGAGAAGCUUCAAGGUUUUACUCUCUUGGAUGUCAUUCCUCUAUCACUUGGAGUGGAGACUAAUGAUUUUGGUGAGCCACAUUUUAUGUGGGUUGUGCUUCCAAGAAACACCAGAAUCCCCGUGACAAGAACGGAAUUAUUUUGGAAACUUCCAUUGACAACCAGGUUUCAGUUCCAUUCUCAAUUUAUGAGGACCAGAGUUCAGCAACUUUAGAUAAUAACUUUUUGGGUAAAUUUUGU